AUUGCCUGUGGGCUAAGAGACCUCAUGGAUGCCCUGUGUGGGAGAGCCCUGGCACACUACAGGCUGCCUACAGCUGCCAGAGCUUCUUUCAUUUUCACUUUCCUGCGCAGCUCCACCCGUGGCUCCACAAGCCCGCACAUCGCAGAGGCUCCGGGCGUGUGUCUGCAGCAGCCCCUGAAGGAGCCCCGGCUGCCCCGGCGGGAGCGCAGGGCCCGGGCACCGCAGCGCAGGAGAGCCGGGGCUGGCGGCUGGAAACUGCUCCGUGCUGCCGUGGGUGCUGAGGACAAGCUGCUGCCGUGGGAGCUGGGGACAAGCCGCUGCCGGCCCCGCUGAGUGCCGCAGAUGUCCCGGGAGCCGAGGCCGCGCGGUGCCCCGCUGAUCCCGCAGGCCCGCGGCGGGCGGGCGCAGCUCGCCGUGUACCUGCUGCUGGCGCUGUGUGCCGGGGCUCUGCUCCUCGCCGCGCCGCCCCUCGUGCCCACCGCCCGCAGCCUCACCUUCCACUUCGCCACCCUGCAGAUCGGGGCGCUGCUCAAAGGCGCCUGCUACCUGGCCGAGGAGAUCUUCCACCUCGACUCCAGGCACCACGGCAGCUUCUGGAGGGCCCUGAGCACCUGCUUCCCGCUGCGCUGGCACGGGGCCACGCUGCUCGUCUGUGGCUUAGCCUACGUGGCUCUCCUCGGUGAUGGGCAGCCCCUGGGCCUCCACCUCAUCCUGGCCAGUCUGUGUCAGCUCCUCAUCCUUGCCCUGGGGCUCCAGAAGCCCUCAGCAGUGGAGAUGUCUGAGAUGUCCGAGAGGUCCAAGCAGAAUGUCGCUCAUGGGCUUGCCUGGUCCUAUUACGUUGGGUACCUAAAAAUAGUCCUGCCACGGAUGAAAAAGUCCAUGGAGGAAUUCAGCAGAGCCAAUCCCAACCUGCUGGUAUGCAGGAAGACUUGGAAGCUUCACAUCUUGGUCCCUCUGAACUGUGAUGUCUGUGAUGAGCUGGACAAAGCUGACAGCAAUAUCCAGUAUGUGACAGACCUCACUGAAACCACCCUGGCCCGGGCUGGCACCAAAAAGAGGGUCUACAAACACAGCCUCUACGCAAUCAGGGAUGAAGAAAACCAGCUCUGGCACUGUGCUGUGGAAUACGCCACCCCGCUGCAGUCCCUCUACGCCAUGUCCCAGGAUGAGUGUGCUGCCUUCAGCCGGGAGGAGCGCCUGGAGCAGGCCAAGCUUUUCUACAGGACCUUGGAGGAGAUCCUGAAAGGCUCCAAGGAGUGUGCAGAUGCCUACCGGCUCAUUGCCUACGAGGAGCCAGAAGAAGCAGAGACCCACUUCUUGUCCAGAGAGAUCGUGUGGCACUUGCGGCAGGAGCAUUGCGAGGAGAUCGCCGUGCCCGAGGGGAGCCACUCGCACACCCCAUCCACGACCCUGGACUCGGCAGAGCUCAGCCUCCAGAUCAGCGUGUCAGACCUGCCACAGCCCCUGCGCACCGACGGCUUCUAACACACAGCCCCUCACCCCCCUGGGGCUCAGGUCGCCUUUCCCAGCCCCCUUCCCCCUGGAGCCAUGGCUGCAAGCCCCAGCUCCCACCCAAACCUCCUGUGUGCCACGGUUACUGGAGCAGCUGACUCAGCCCACAGCCCUGUGACACGCUUCCCAUUUUCUUUGUUAUGUUCAGCUCGUAUGUUCUUCUGUGGGUGUAUUGUUUUUUUAAUCUACUUUCAUUUGUGUCACAUAAAGUGCUUUCCUCUCUGGGACAA